GCAAUGUCAUAUUAUUCAAGAUGGCGCCGAUUCUUUCUCAAUUUUCUCAUGUAUUUGGUCGAUUGGGCGGAUUGGCAAGCACCGUAAGAUCUCUAAAGCGAACUCCUUCAUUAAUCCCAUUGAGGACGUUAAAACGUGUGGUCAGUGAAGAAGCUGAAGAGGAACUUCGACCUCAGUAUAAAUUACCUGGCCAACUGAAUGAUUGGACUGGAAAUGUUCUAUAUCCUGACGAAGAGUCGAGAAAAUGGGAUAUCAAUGAACCUGUUGAAGAAGCUGCAGUUACUAAUCUUACUGUAAAUUUUGGACCACAGCAUCCUGCCGCGCAUGGUGUAUUACGUUUAGUCCUUGAGCUUGAUGGAGAGAAUGUUGAAAGAGCAGAUCCACACAUUGGAUUGUUGCACCGAGGAACAGAAAAACUAAUUGAAUAUAAAACAUAUCUUCAGGCAUUACCUUAUUUUGACCGACUUGAUUAUGUUUCUAUGAUGGCUAAUGAACAAUGUUUUUCUCUUGCUGUUGAAAAUCUUCUUAAUAUUGAGGUGCCAGAGAGAGCAAAGUGGAUUAGAGUUUUGUAUGCCGAGCUAACUCGUAUAUUAAAUCAUAUGAUGGCUGUUGGCACUCAUGCCCUUGAUGUUGGAGCAAUGACCCCAGUAUUUUGGUUUUUUGAAGAGAGAGAAAAAAUGAUGGAACUGUAUGAGCGCGUAUCCGGAGCAAGAAUGCAUGCAGCAUAUGUACGUCCAGGAGGUGUAGCACAGGAUCUUCCACUGGGAUUAAUGGAUGAUAUGUAUGAAGUAAUAAGAAAAGUUCCCCAAAGAAUGGAUGAACUUGAAGAGAUGUUAACGAACAAUCGUAUUUGGAAACAAAGAACUGUGGAUAUUGGUAUCGUGACUGCAGAAGAUGCAUUAAAUCUUGGCUUCAGCGGCGUUAUGGUACGUGGUUCUGGUAUUAAAUGGGACUUACGCAAGUCACAACCUUACGAUGUUUACGAUAAGGUGGAUUUUGAUGUUCCGAUUGGAGUCAACGGUGAUUGCUAUGACAGAUAUUUGUGUCGCGUCGAGGAGGUGCGGCAAAGUUGUGACAUUAUCAUACAGUGUUUGAAUCGCAUGCCUGAAGGUGAAGUGAAGAUUGAUGAUGCCAAAAUAUCACCUCCUAAGAGAUCUGAAAUGAAGGAAUCCAUGGAAGCUUUAAUUCAUCAUUUUAAACUUUAUACGGAAGGAUAUCAGGCCCCAGGGGCUACAUACACAGCAAUAGAGGCACCUAAAGGUGAAUUUGGUGUUUAUCUCGUUUCUGAUGGUUCAAGUAGACCAUACCGUUGCAAGAUUAAAGCACCAGGAUUUUCCCAUUUGGCUGGGUUACAUCAUAUGAGCAAGGGUCAUAUGCUUGCUGAUGUUGUUGCAAUCAUAGGUACAAUGGAUGUCGUUUUCGGUGAAGUAGAUCGGUAAACUUUAACGUUUCCGUCGAUUUGCUGUUAUAAUUGUGAACUACAAAUCGUAACGUGGUUUUUAAGUUGUUUAAUUGGGCUUUAUAGAGUUUUAUUGCCUAAAUCCUAGGGAUUUCUUAAGAAAGGCAAAAUUUCAGAGUUUGUUGAUGUAUUAGUAUACUGAAAUCAAAAGUAAAUGAUGUGAUAUCUGUAGCUUAAAAACCUUUACGAAGUUUUGUUAGCUUGCCUUGUUAUAACAAAGUUGCUAAAUUUAUAUGAAUAUGUAUAUGUGUCUAUAAAGCUAGCACCAGCUUUUAAAUACAUUGAUGUGUAUAAUUAUAUUACAUUGUUACUCAUCCUUCCUUAUGUUAGCUCAUUCUUUCAUCGCGCUUGGCGCAUUAUUAAAGAAAAUAUAAUUUAACCAACAUA